UUUGGUCGGUUUGAGCCAAGAUGUCUCUACUGCAACUAGAGUAACCUUUCCCACCUUGGGGGAGGGAACCUCAACUACAGUGGGCAAUACUUUCCGACUUCAACUGUUUUGAGUCUGGCUGUUGUGGUUUACACGCGGGCACUCGAAUCUAAAAUAGAAUUCAAAGGCGAUUGUACCAGUGAGAUUAGGUAUGACGGAUACAAACGGAAGGGUUUCGUGGGACUGUGCGUAAAGAUGAGGAUUCCUCCAGUAUGGGCGCUGGGCGCGUGCCAGACUGGAUGAAGUGAGGUCUGAGAGAGAAGCGUGCUGAGAGCAAUACUACCUGGGACUGUCAAAGGAGGACCUCGGAGCAGGUUCACACAGCGCUCGGCAGGGUGGAGCUUCCUGACUCAUGGAGAAUUACUUCCAGGCAGAGGCCUUCAACCUGGACAAGGUGCUGGAUGAUUUUGAGCAGAACGAAGAUGAGACGGACACUCCCACGCUCUCUGACGCCAAGUGGACCCAGAUUCUGGCCCCGCCGGCUCACCUCCUUUCUCUGAACCCCGCCGUGGCCCACUCCGACCUGAGCCCCCAGGAGAGCCCACUCCCCUUCAAGACCCUUUCUGACGCCCCCUCCAGCGGCUCUCCGGGGGCUGACCCCAAGCGCCUCCCCGGGCCUGACCCUCCGUCCUGGGGGGAGGAGCGGCCGGCCGACGUCCACAGCCCCCCUCUCCGUCAGCCCAAUAUUGGCAAGCUGGUGGGUGCAGACGACCACUCACCGCCGCCUGUGUCUACCCAUAGCACCCUGGAGAACGGCUGCCCCGCCAGUCCCGCCAGCCACAACCUCAACGGGUUCGGAGAAGAGCCGCCGGACUGCGGCAGCCCCCCUCCUCCCCCUCUUGACCUCCACCAGCCUGCUGCCUCAGACCUGCGGCCUCAUGCCCCAGAAAAGGAGAGGGGAGCCCCCAUGGGAGGAGGAGUGGCCUCCCGUCACACACAUUUCACCUUUGGGGAAGGACAGGAGGGGGAGAGGCUGGUGACAAAAGAGGACCGACCUUUAGAGCCGGAGGGCACAGGGAGACCCAUCCCAAAGUGUGCCGAAGAAGAAGAGGCCUCGGCGGCUGGAAUGGAGGAAACCGGCGAAGACGAACAAAUAGCCGACGAUGAACGCCAUAGAGGAAGUGUUGAAAACGGAGGAAGGGUGAGUUGGAGCGGCGGAGAGGACGAAGAGUGCAUCCUCUCCUGUCAGAGGGAAAGGCUGAGGGUGGAGAAGGUAAAGGACGCAGGUGGCGUGGUGGAAGACGCCACCCCGGGCCCGCAGGGGGCUGUCCCUAACGGAAGUGCCACGCGGAGACAGGAGGAACGUGAGGGUGGCGGUGGGGACAGGGAGGAAGGCGAAGAAGAGGGACCCUCACUGAGCCCUCUGCCCUCCAAAGAGGACUCUGUUACGGAGGAGAAGGAGAUGGAGGAGAGUAAACAGGAGAGCAGUGAGGGAGGAGGAGGAGGAAGAGGGGGGGCUGGAAAACUCAACAACAGCCGUGUCCAGCCAGUCAGUGUGCCCUAUGGAGGAGCGCGGCCCAAACAGCCAGUCACCCUCAAGCUCCAGAUCCCCCGCCCCCUGUCAGGCCAGGUGCAGAACCAGCUCUGUCCUGCCCCGGCCAGCAAAAACAAGAACCUGGAGAACCAGAGUCGGACUGGCGCAGCCACGGACCCAACCCUCGACGGAGGAGAGCCGGACACGGCGGGAAUGAAUGGAGAGUCGGCGGAGUCUCCCUCAGACCUACUCAUGUCCACGGGGAGUCCUGAUAACGACCUGCAGGCUGGCCAACAGGGGGCGCUGUCCAAGAAGGCCGUCAGCUCUCUGGGAGAGGUAGCACCUGUGUGGGUGCCUGACUCCCAGGCUCCCGUCUGCAUGAAGUGUGAGGUCAAGUUCACCUUCACCAAGAGGAGGCACCACUGCAGAGCCUGCGGCAAGGUGUUCUGUGCGGCGUGCUGCGGCCUCAAGUGCAGGCUGACGUACAUGGACGGGAAGGAGGCCCGGGUGUGUGUCACCUGCCACUCUGCCUUGAUGAGCGCUCAUUCAUGGGAUAACAUGGCAUGUGGCAGCAACCAGAGCCCCAACCCCAACAACCCAGCAGAGUACUGCUCCACCAUCUCCCCUCUGCAGCAGGCCCAGGCCUCAGGGGCGCUCUCCUCCCCUCCACCCACCGUCAUGGUGCCCGUGGGCGUCCUCAAGCAGCCCGCCUCCGAGGGGUCUCUUCCGCGGGAGCAGAGGAGGGUGUGGUUUGCUGACGGGAUCCUCCCCAACGGGGAGACCGCAGAGUCCCCCAUGCCUCCAGCUACCAGUCCGGCACCCUCUCAACCUCGAGCAGUCUCCCAGCUUUCCAGCAAAUCUUCAGGCUUGGAUUCCUCAGCGGCAGCCCAGGCCCCUGCGGCCCCAGUGGGCAGCUCUGUGGGCAGCUCCCUCAGCCUGAUCCCAGAGGACGGCCUUCCUCCCAUCCUAAUCUCCACCGGAGUCAAAGGAGGUACGGGAGGCCACAUCACAGACUACGCGGUGGAGGAGAGGCCCUCUGAGAUGGUGCUGAUGCAGCAGCUGGAGGAGGGGGGGGGCCCGGACCCUCUGGUGUUCGUGCUCAACGCCAACCUCCUGGCCAUGGUCAAGCUGGUCAACUAUGUAAACAGGAAGUGUUGGUAUGUGACGACCAAGGGGAUGCAUGCGGUGGGGCAGGCAGAGGUGGUGGUUCUGCUCCAGUGUCUGCCUGACGAGAAGACCAUCCCCAAGGACAUCUUCAGCCACUUUGUACAGCUCUACCAAGAAGCUCUCGCUGGCAACGUGCUGAGCCACCUGAGUCACUCGUUCUUCCCUCAGAGCUUCCUGGGCAGCAAGGAGCACGGGGGCUUCCUCUACAUCAGCCCCUCCUUCCAGUCUCUGCAGGACCUGCUGUUGCCCAACCCGCCCUACCUCUUUGGCAUCCUGGUGCAGAAGUGGGAGACCCCCUGGGCCAAGGUGUUCCCCAUCCGCCUCAUGCUGCGGCUGGGGGCCGAGUACCGAUUCUAUCCUUGUCCACUGUUCAGUGUACGAUUCAGAAAACCCCUGUUUGGAGAAACUGGUCACACCAUCAUGAACCUGCUUGCAGACUUCCGUAACUACCAGUACACGUUGCCUGUGGUGAAGGGUCUAGUGGUGGACAUGGAGGUGAGGAAGACCUGCAUCAGAAUCCCCAGCAACCGCUACAAUGAGCUAAUGAAGGCCAUGAACAAGUCCAAUGAGCAUGUGCUGGCUAUGGGGGCGUGCUUCAACCACCGCGCUGACUCCCACCUGGUGUGCGUGCAGAAUGACGAUGGCAACUAUCAGACACAGGCCAUCAGUAUUCAUCACCAGCCCCGCAAAGUUACUGGCGCCUGCUUCUUUGUCUUCAGUGGUGCUUUGAAAGCUUCAUCUGGAUACCUGGCCAAGACCAGCAUUGUAGAAGAUGGGGUGAUGGUGCAGAUCACGGCAGAAACCAUGGACUCACUACGGCAAGCGCUGAGGGACAUGAAGGACUUCACCAUCACAUGUGGCAAGACCGACCAGGAGGAGAACCAGGAGCAUGUUCACAUCCAGUGGACAGAGGAUGACCACAACAUCAACAAGGGAGUCAUCAGCCCAAUCGAUGGGAAGUCUAUGGAGUCCAUCACCAGCGUCAAGAUCUUCCAUGGCUCGGAGUUCAAGGCCAACGGCAAGGUCAUCCGCUGGACAGAGGUGUUCUUCCUCCAGAGUGAAGACCAACGCAACGGUCUGAGUGAUCCGGCCGACCACAGCCGGCUGACGGAGAACGUGGCCCGGGCGUUCUGCAUGGCGCUGUGCCCACACCUCAAACUGCUGAAGGAGGAUGGCAUGGCCAAGCUGGGCCUGCGGGUCACCCUGGACUCCGACCAGGUGGGCUACCUGGUGGGCAGUAACGGCCAGCCCCUGCUGCCUCAGUACCUGAGCGACCUGGACGGCUCCCUCAUCCCCGUCAUCCACGGAGGCGCCUGUCAGCUCAGCGAAGGCCCCGUCGUCAUGGAGCUCAUCUUCUACAUCCUGGAGAUCAUCUCGUAGGGGCAGGCAUCCCUCCCCUGCCCCCUCAACAGGCUUCAUAAGACUUCUGUCGUCUGCCUCGCCUCCUCGCUGUUCUUUCUGUCCUACCGUCCCUCACCCCGUUCGGUCAUCAACCCCCGUCCGUCCGUCCACACGUUUGUGAUUCAAAGAGCCCGAAAGCUGUGCUGUGCGCUGGGGUGACGCGUUCCUCCACUCCAUGUAUGCACCAUAUCUAUUCUGCUGCUGGACCCAGGGUACCUGGAGGAACUCUUAGCAGGACCACAGAUCCAUCCACCCUCCUCCUACUCAUCCCCAAUGAGGUGCUGUCUAGACCGACCUCCCCCCUUCCCCUCCACCUAAGGCCCAUCCAUUCCUCUCCAGUUACACUGUGGUAGCCAGAGGUCCUUCUGGGUGAAAGCAGAAGUACUGCACCCUGGGUAAUGUCUCCUCAGGCCUCUUUGUAGCAUGGAUUCCCUAUCGACUUCCAGGGAGAGGCAUGUAAGGCCAGCAUUGGGCCUAAUGGGGGUUUUCCUCUGGCAGGGACCUAACAUGUUUGCCUAGUAAGGAAUUAGGGAACGAGCCAUGGAGAUAAAGGUCGAGAAUGCCUCCGCUUGGUGAUGCCGUUUGUUUGCACUCUGGUGCACAGUGCCUGCAACAGAUAGUCUCCUAUGGGAAGCAGAAAUAUCUUCUCUAAGCUUUAUCGAAUAAUCACCAGAUGCUUUAUUCCAUGACAUGGAUAAGAGGUUUUGUUUUGUAAAUAAGUAUGAUUUUCUAGACAGCACUGUUGCUCAAUUAUAUCCCCACUUCUGUAGCUUAGGAUUUAUGUUUUAAUGAAGUGCUGUGUAAAACAACUCCUCUGAACAAUAUUCUGUGAAUUCAACAAAACAGCAGACUGUUGAAUUCCACAAGUUCAAGCACCCUUAUGGCAAGGGUUGUGUAAAAAAAAUAAAAAAAAAAUAGGUUUUGAUGCUUUACUUACAAAUAUAUAUAUAUAUAUAAAAGGAAGAA